GGACGCGAUUGCCUCUGCGUUACGGUUCCACGGGCUUUUGGACUCGCACGGUGAACUUAGUAUUGCGAACUCAAAACCCCUUUCGUUGAUUUUAUCUCGUCUUUUGUGGAAGACUAAUUAUGCCCACAAGAUCAUGGAGCCCUGCGUCAGUGGAGGCGCCGUGACGCACGCUCUCGCCAGGCCCUUUGACACAUCCGCAAUGCCUUGCAACGCGUCUUCUCACAGCGCCGUCUUAGCUCUGGUCCUUCGCGGGCGUGGGCUGACCUUGGCGUAGUGACUGGGUAAAAGUUGGAUUAAUUUUAUAUCGAUCUCCGAUAAGGAUAAAGAGAUAAAGCAUAAAGAUAAAAUGAGAAGAUACUUAUUACUUCAAAGAUAUCAUUAGUUUAAAAAAAUAAAUAAAAUAAAAACUAGAUGUGUAGAAAUAAAAGGAAACUCCAUGCAGACGUACCUAGACGCGAGGUUUAAAAAACGAAACUAAAUAAAAGAAAAACUCUGAGGCGCAAAUGACAUUACUAUCCGUUUUAAAGUGAGUCAGAGACCCAUUUCCGCCAGCUGAUGGCAUGGAAUAGCUUAAACGUAAAGAAAUAUAACUUUGAAAAAACAAAACAAAAAAAGCAAACGAGUGUGAAUCUCCACUGGCCUUACAAAAGGAUUAGAAACUAAAGUGUUAGAAAAAAAAAAACCAAAAAAAACGGAAGAGACAAAACGAAGGAGAGAGCUCAAGGGAAAGUUAGCCUGGACUCACAAGAAGGUCAAGGACUCUGCUCCUCUUCUCAGAACACUCGAGGAGACUGAGACACCUGGACCAUGGAAAUCUCUACCUUCGUCCGUCUCUCGGAGCUCCUGCAGCUGCUGCUCAUCAUCUCACAAGGGCCGCCCGCGUGGAGCAAAUUCAUGGGCGCCAGCUACUACGUGAACGGCGUUGGAGCGGCGCCCCCCGACCCUUCCAGGGGGCCUGACGGGGAGCGGCGGCCCCUUCCCUGGGAGCCCAAUGCCCCUCGCCCCGAGUUCGACCUCACGCUGCCCCAGAACGUUACGGCGCUCAAGGAUGACAACGUUUACCUUCACUGCAACGUUUACAACAGAGGAAACAGAACGGUAUCCUGGAUCCGCGACGCCGACCUGCACAUCCUGACGGUGGCGCAGUACACCUACACCGCCGACGACCGGUUCGAGGUGAUCCACUCCCCGGACUCCAACUCCAACUCCUGGAUUCUGAAGAUCAAGUCAGUUCAGCCGAGAGACUCAGGUCGCUACGAGUGCCAGGUCAACACGCACCCGACUGACCCCAUCACGUUCCCCGUCUACCUGUCCGUCUUUGUACCAACAGCCCGUAUCUUGGGGUCACCGGAGCGGUAUGUUGACAGAGGCUCGACCAUCAACCUCACCUGCAUCAUAAACCACAAUCCAGUGUCUCCCACAGAGAUCUUCUGGUACCACAACAACAAGGUGGAAGAACCCCCAGUGCGCAUUACCCGGCUGCAUACCGUGGCUGCAUACCAUAGACUGCAUACCCAGGGCUGUUUUACCAUGGGCUGUAUUAUCCCGGUCCGCACUAUCCUGGGCCGAAUGACCCCGAGCCGCUUGACCCCGGGCUGGACUAGUGCCUUCAGAUAUAAGAAACGAACAAGAGUUCAUGAUAAUAUCUUGAAAGACAAAGGAAAUGUUGACGCCUGGGAGUAG